AUGCUGUUCGGCAAAUAUAUUGCGGGCCUUGUUAUUCUGUCGGUGUUACCUCUGCUUUUCCUCCUGGCACGCUUCUGCGCAAAGCGGUCACGGCUACUGCCAUGGACCAUCGACGAUACUUUCCUACUGCUUGCUCUGGUACUGCCCAGCCUGGUAGCGAAAGCGAGUGCGAUGUCUGACCACAUGCAUCAGCUCCUCCAAUACGUGGUCAUGGCAAUGUUCAUAGUUUGCGAGUCCUUCUGUCUGCAACCAAAUGCCAUGGCUAAUGCAACGAAGCGAUGGCUGCUAGUCUUGUCCAUCAGCACAUACAACAUACUCAUUGGUGGCUUUCGCGUCAACUCACUCGCCGAUGUUGUAUAUCAAGGCGACGUAACAUAUGAUAUAGGCACCACCUUGAUGUGGGCAACCGCCCAGAUAAGCACUGGGAUUGUCGUAGCAUGCUGCCCUCACCUACGCCCUAUGUUCGAGCACAUCCUCCCGCGCCGGCUCACCCACCUCACCACUCGCAGAUCCAAUCAUUCGGCAUCCAGGGCCUGUGGAGACUCACAAAGACCUCAAAUGAUGAUUCUGCCUUCGAAGGACCAGAGCAGAGCCGGAUCCAUUACGGUCACGACGACCAUCGCUAUUGAGCUCAACGGAUAUCUGCCACCAGUACCAGCACCAGCGGUGAGUAUCCACGAUGAACAGGUCGACGCGGAGGCUCCAACGUUCAAUGUCGAACAAGGACCAGCCAAUCGUUUGAGGUUUCUGACAUACUGUUGCGGAGGAUCGGCGCGUUGUGGAGGCUGCCUCCGUUAA